UGGAGACAAAAAUGCCGAUGGUGGCGGGAAUCACGGCAACGGCCUUUCGCCAGUUCAUGGAAAGAGUCCCUACGUCACAUCGCAGUCCGCGAAUGGCAAUCGCACUAUCUGGUGGCGCGGACAGCACCGCAUUGCUCAUGCUGAUGCGAGAAUACUGCGCCAACCCUGACGAUCUCCUCGCAAUUACGGUGGACCAUGGACUGCGACUUGAGAGCGCAGACGAAGCGCAGCUUGUGGCAUCGUUUGCUAGGAAACACAAUAUCCCACACCAGAUCCAUCGUGUGUGCUGGGACGAUCUACCCGGAUCACUGCUACGUAGUCAGCUUCAGAUUCAGGCACGCCUUCGACGGUAUACCGCGCUGGGCGACGUGUGUACCCGCGAAGGCAUCCGUGCUCUGUACGUGGGGCAUCACCUUGGCGACCAGCUCGAAACGUUGUUGUUUCGGAUUGGGCGAGGCAGCGGGUGGAGCGGCCUCGCCGGCAUGCCAGUGUUGUCUCCGUUCUCCGUGGCACAUCCUUCGUUCUUGCCUGACCUCCAAGUCGUGCGGCCAUUGCUGUCCGUGUCAAAGCUUCAACUAAAAGCAACGUGCGACCGCUUUGGCCAAGAAUGGGUCGAAGAUCCAUCAAACAACUCGGAAGACUUUGAUCGCAUUCGUAUUCGGAAGCAACUGGACGCAUUUACAGACUUUCACGGACCACAAGCAACUACUCGUUUGGCUCAGCUACAGUUGCAUGCUCGGGAGGCAAAUGACGACCUCCAACGCGCAGAGCACAGUCUUCGCGAGAAACAUGUCGAGGGCACGCCGGCAUGCAUGCGGCUUUCCGAUGGCUUCGCCGACGACCCCUUGGCGUUUGACGAGCUAGCAAUUCGAGUGCUGACUGGCAUCGUGCGCCAAGUGGGCGGCAAGGCGUACCCGCCCCGCGUGUCGUCCGUGUCGCUGCUGCUCGCAUCGUUGCGGCAGAAAUCGCUCAAGCGCAGCACGACCCUUGGCGGGUGUUUGGUUCGCAAACAACGCGGGUGUGUUGUAUUUGAGCCCGAGGCGCGUCCACACGGCAACGCCGAUUCAGAGCGGACAGAUUGAUUUGUUGGACAGCUAAAAGAAGAUGAACGCGUCGCGAGUGCCCAAGAAGUCGCC